AUGUCGAACUCCGGAGGACGAUUUGCACCUUACAAAAAUGCUCUCACCGCGAUUUCUAAGAGGGCGGGAACACCACUACCUUCUCUCAUAAUCUCUUUUGCCAUCCUUCAUGAAUUAACUGCCAUUGUUCCCAUCGUGGGCAUUUUUUACAUGGCACGCAGUCUAGGCGUAGGUGAGCGCGUUGUCAACGCUGUUGCUCUUCAACGAGAUGGCUCUAUCGAUGACCAGUAUUGGGUGAACACCCAGCUGAAAUCGUGGGUUGAUGAGGGCGAGCAAUGGGCUGGUCGCAUUGGACGUCGAUAUGGCAUCUUCGGCUUCGAGAAAGGCAAGGUUGUUGACCAGACCCAGUCGAGCGAGUUGUCUGGUAAGCUAGCGGGAGACGUUGCUAAUGCCGUUCUGGCUUAUGGUUUAGUCAAGGCACUUUUACCCGUCCGCAUCGGUCUUUCGUUAUAUCUUUCUCCAAUGUUCUCUCGGACAGUUGUAGAGCCGAUUCGAUUGGGUGGCCUUCGUCUAUUAGGACGCAGACCGACAUCAAUGUAA